UGCAGCUGACAGGUCUACUGGUGGAGCUGAUGGUCACAGCCAGCGUGGAGAUUCUUCAUUAAACAAAACAGAGUAAAAUAAUCAAGAAAGGUUAGAGCUGUUUGUGAGAUCUAGUGAGUUGACUGCUCACCCUGUCAAAAAAAGUCAUCAUUUGGGACGACAGGCCACUGCCAGCAGCUGCCAUGGCUAGCAAAAGAAAGUCAACGACUCCCUGUAUGGUCCGAACUUCUGAAGUCAUGGAGCAGGAAGGCGCCGAGGGCACAGAGGCCCCUAAAGAGAAGGGGGCUGGCACACCACAGCAGGACUCUCAAAAAAGUUGGCCUUCAGAAAGCUCAGUCAAAGACUGUGAAGUGGUUGAGGCAAAGCCCCCAGCUGAAAAUCAGUCUAAGAAACCCCAGGGUGGUUAUGAGUGUAAAUACUGCCCUUACUCAACACAAAACUUAAAUGAAUUUACAGAGCAUGUUGACACUCAGCAUCCAAACGUCAUUCUGAACCCCCUGUACGUCUGUGCUGAAUGCAACUUCACAACCAAAAAAUAUGAUUCUUUAUCUGACCACAACACAAAAUACCACCCAGGAGAGACUAACUUUAAACUGAAAUUAAUUAAACGCAAUAAUCAGACUGUUCUAGAACAGUCCAUUGAAACCACUGUUAAUGAUGUCACUGUUGCAAGCGGUAGGCUAGAAAAUGCGGAGUGUGAUGAUUCACUUCAUGGGGGAAUUAGUGCAAGUAAAAUGCCAGCGAUGAAACUGGGAAAGCCUAAAGGGGAAACCAAGAAGGGUCCCAAAAAGCCAGAAGAGGGAGUUACGGAAAAUCACGUGGAUGGCGCUCUUCCCCGCAUCAUAACUGAAGCCACUGAAGCUAUUGCUUGUAUAAAUGGAGACCUUCUCCAUGAUGUGUUAGCCCAUGUUAUGCCCUCUGUACAGCUGCCACCAAAUAUUAACCUUGUCCCCAAAGUCCCGGUACCUCUGAACAGUACCAAAUACAACUCUGCACUGGACACUAAUGCCACCAUGAUCAACUCCUUUAAUAAGUUUCCUUACCCAACGCAAGCAGAGUUGUCAUGGUUGACAGCUGCAUCAAAACAUCCAGAAGAACAAAUCCGAAUCUGGUUUGCUACGCAACGUUUGAAGCACGGUAUAAGUUGGUCUCCUGAAGAAGUAGAGGAGGCAAGAAAGAAGAUGUUCAAUGGUACUAUCCAGGCAGUUCCCCAGACCAUCACUGUCCUGCCAGCUCCUUUGACGACUGCAAAAAUGCCACAGCCCAUCAUCCAAACAGCUUUGCCUUGUCAGAUACUGGGCCAGACCGGUCUGGUUUUGACUCCUGUGUCAAAUGGUUCAACUGUUUCCUGCUCACCAAUUACGCUUGCUGUUGCCCCAAACCAGGGGCAAAAGAGGACGGUACAGAACUUAUCAAGUGCCCCAGAGGCCAAGCGUCCUCAUGUAGUUCAGGUGCCUGAGAUUCCUGCCAAGAUGACUGCUGUACCACUGACGCCAGCCAGUGAGCGAAAAAAGACAAAGGAGCAGAUAGCAGAGCUGAAGGCCAGUUUCAUGGCAAGCCAGUUUCCCGACGAUGCAGAAGUCUACCGGCUGAUAGAGGCAACGGGUCUCUCUAGGAGCGAGAUCAAGAAGUGGUUCAGUGACCACAGGUACAGAAGUCAAAGGGGUGUUGUGCACAUCCCUGGUGAUGCUUUAGGGAAAGAUCAAAUGGCACCUUCAGCUGGUCGACAUGGCCGUUCAUUUCACCCAUACGCAGAUUUUACUCCCCAGAGAUUCAAAGAGAAAACCCAAGAGCAGCUUAGGGCCCUUGAAGAAAGUUUCCUCAGAUGCUCUUUUCCUACUCAAGGAGAAUUGGACAGGCUUCGAGUGGAGACUAAGCUGAGUAGGAGGGAGAUAGAUUCAUGGUUCUCUGAGCGGAGAAAGAUAAGGGACAGCAUGGAGCAAGCUGUCUUGGACUCAAUGGGAUCAUACAGAAAAGUUAAAGAACAAGGAACUCCCAAUGGUGCAAUAAGCCAGGCAGAACUGCUGAGUAGCUCUCAGCUCCCUGGUGCUUUAUCUGGGUCCUCCACCACAUUUAAGAAAACACAAGAGCAGAUUCAUCUACUGAAAAGCACAUUUGCAAGGACCCAGUGGCCAUCACCCCAGGAGUAUGACCAGUUAGCAUCUCAGACUGGGCUCACAAGAACUGAAAUAGUUCGCUGGUUCAAAGAAAACCGGUCUUCACUAAGAACAGGGUCGCUUAAAUGGAUUGACCAGUACCAGCAGCAGUACGCUGUUGAUGGUCAUAAUGAGCAAAGCCAGAAAAAGGGAUCAAAACACACUGAGAGUCCAAAGAAUGGUAAUGAGGUGUCUCGGCAGCAUUACCAGGAGCAUAAAAAACUGAAUGAAGAAAAUGGGGGGAAACUAGUGGUGAGAGCAAAAAGAGACUGUGAACCACUGAAAGACUCUUUGUUGGGGAAUCAAGCGGAGCGUACGGACAGGUUGGAGUGCAACAGCCAUGACGGCCACGGCAGCGAGGAGAACGAAGAGCCAGCCGAGGUCAACUGGGUGGAGGUGACGGUGGGCGAGGAUGACGCUGCAUCAGACUGUACGGACAGUUGGAGCCAUACGGCACCCGAAGGCCAGGCAGAGCUGGCGGACUUUGACUCUGAAAGUGUAUCUGGAGACAAUUCCCACGUAUAGACAGGGGUACUCCUCAGCUGCACUGUCCUGACAUUGAAGGGGAAAUGCUGCCUGAAAAUA